UGAAUGGCCCCCACCGGUGCCCUUUGUCCCCACCGAGCAGCCCCUGCUGUGCCCCCAGGAUGGCCCUGCCAGGCCCCGCUGUCCCGCCGGGUCCCCCUGUCCCCAGCCGGGGUGGCCGUUCCCGCUCACCUCCAUCUCCACCAGACAGUCCUUCCCCAUCCCCUCCGUGACAGCCUCAACAAGGCUCCUCUGUCUCCAGGGCAGCAGUUCCCGGUCCCCUCCAUCCCUCUGUCCUCAGCACGGGUGAGGCCACACCGGGAACGCUGCGUCCAGUUUGGGGCACCUCAAUACAAAAAAGACCUCGAGGUGCUGGAGCGUGUCCAGAGAAGGGUGACCAAGCUGGGGAAGGGCCUCAAGAACAAGGAGCAGCUGAGGGAACUGGGGCUGUUCAGUCUGAAGAAAAGGAGGCUGUGGGGAGACCUCAUCACCCUCUGCAACUACCUGGAAGGACCUUGUAAAGAGAAUGACACUGCCAUCCAUGCUGGUGGAUCAAGCAGGAUUGUUCCUAGCCCCUCUCUGUGGUGUGAUCAUCAACAUCAAGUCUUUGGAGUCACACACUUGGCAGCUGUAAAAACAAAUGGGAAAAAGCUGAAAUCACCACAAAACAAAAAGCCUCAGAGGCUGAUUACAGUGAAGCAAUCAACAUGCAAAACAAUAAUCUCUGAGCCAUUCUGAGGAAGGUGUUGGUGUGAGCUUUUCUCAAGAACAGCAGAAGAUGGAAGUUAAAACAUAACUCCCUCACCCAGAAAGGGUUUAAGAACAAGCCAGCUGCAGAGCCCACAAAAGAAGCCAGUUGUCAGAGCUCUAAAACAGAAGGGCUGGAUGAACAACAAGGAAAUAAACCUAUGAGAAGUCACCACCUUCCCCUAACAAGCUUAUGGGGAAAAAAAAAAAAGAAAAAACAAAACACAAUACAAACAACAAAAAACACAAAGCCAACAGUUCUUGAGCACAGUCCCAGUGAAAACAAGAAAAGCAGCUUCCCAUCCCUGCUGAGGAAAGCUGACUGAAGAGGAACAAGGCCACAAUAAACCAGAAGCAAACCCACGUGGGGAUUGGAAGUUCAUCUGAGACAUACAAAAAGAAGACAGACAAAAUUUCACCUGACUGACAGGUGAGUAAAUACAAAAAGACUUAGGUACCUUUUAGGAAAGAAAAGAACAUUUAAGCUACUUCCAUCCUGUUAGCAAAACUAAAUAUAAAGAUCAUUUGACGAACAAGGCAGAGCACAACCCGUGUCUCUCAAGUUACUGUCUCUCAGUAACUUGAUGUGAAGAUCUGCCCUGGAUGACAUACUUUUGUAGCUUUAUAGCAGGACUGAAAGGUCCUUUUGAGUGCCCUGCACAGAGGCAUCAAGCAUUGCUACAACUCAGACAUCCUUCCCAAUGAAGACUAAGUGUCACGCUGUGAGAAUUUGGCUUUUCCAAACCCUUGUCUCAGGAUGAAAACAGAACUAUUCUGAACAAACCCUUUGCUGCUGGGCCUGCUGCUUAUGCAGCCUCUGAAGUGCUACAGAGCAUUCCUUGCUACCCCAAGAUUUCUGACAUCUGGAGCCUGCAUUUCAUUCUGCAUACAAUGGUGCACACUUUAAUGUCCUUCCCCAGCUCAAAGCACCUAGCUGUAGAGUGCAGGGACCUCACUUAUCACAUGCUCCAGCCCAACGUGUCUCAGAGGUUGUGAAUAAACACGGUUUUGAAACACUCAUGGUUGCAGACUCCAAAAUUCAUGAUCCCUUCCCCUCUGCCAGCUGCAGAAGGGGAGUAUUCCCAAAGCCUGUGUGAAGGAAAGCCUGAGCACAAGCAUCAAGCCACAUCCCAUUCUGCAGAAAGGGAGAUGGAAACAGGAUCCUCUCAAGCAUGGCUGGUUUUAACAAUAUCACAAAAUUGGCCUAAUUUAUGAACUGCUGGUUCUCAACUUCAGCUUCUCUGGACCCUUUCAGCAGUAGUCCUCCUC